AAGCGACUUCCAGAAGAUUUUGGCACAUCCUUCCUCGUUGAGGCAUCAGCAAAGGUCUGACAGGAUGGUGUCUUUGCGUGAUUAUGAAAUUUACUUACUCUUUCUUCUGCUGGUAAAGUUUCACGGGUCAGGGGGUGUGGAUGUGCAUUUCACCCAGGAACCUUCUAGUCCAAGCUACUUUAACAAUGGUAGUGAUGCCAAGCUAGUGUGGGACUACACUGAUCCACAUAAUGGCAUUCAGGACAUUCUCUAUGAAGUUCAGGUAAAUGGUGCAUUUGUCAAAAUGAUGGUUAAGAGCAGUCUUGAUGUCCAAGAACAUCCUAGUAUUCCUCCAUCUUACAAAGGAAGAGUUAAAAUUGAAGGAAGAGCUACCUUGGUUAUCAAGAACAUCAACCCUAGAGACAAUGCUAAAUUUAACUGUGAGCUCAUUGGAAGCUUUCUCGAAACAGUUAAAAGUACAGUUCAGCUUAUUGUGGCAGAGGCACCCGUUAUAAACCCCUCUUUAGAAGGAAAAUAUUACAUUGAAGGUUCCCCUGUCACCAUAGCCUGUGAAGCCUCUGGGAAACCUCUGCCGGAUGUAGCAUGGAUUAGAAAUGGAGUACCGGAAAGUUCAGGGAAGAAAGCUACGUUUUUAAAGUUCGAUAACAUAAACAGAACAGAUGCAGGACAAUAUACAUGUGAGGCUAAUAACUCAGUGGAAGUCACUUCCAGUGACACAACAAUUGUAGUUUACUUUCCUCUUCAAAGCUACUCUCUUCAUCGCUUUCUUCUGAGUCACUGACGCAGGUCAGACCAUUGGGGUUACUUCAUGCUUCAUCGUCUGCCAUGCCGAAGCACCCUCCUGUGCAAGCAAGUCCGGAAAGUCCACACGAAUGCUUAGUAGUUUGAUUGCUCUAGAUGUUGAAGUAGACGAUUAGUCAUUGGAGGAAACAUUCCGUUUUUCAUCUUAUUCUCGUAGAACAUGAGAUAAGAUAAUUCAAUUCUUGUCUUUUUGGUGGUCAUGUAUGAGCUGCAAACAAAGGCUUUGCUUUUGCCAAGUCUGCAGAGAGCAACCGACAGGAAAUCGCAUAGGUUUACCAAGUGUCAAAAAUUUAGUAUUCAUGUUUAAAGUGAAAGUUCAAACGUACAUCAAACGCAACGAAGGUCGAUUGCUACAACUUUAAA